ACGAAUGUCAAUGUUAAUUAACUCGUAAGCUAGCGUGUGAUUUUGCCGGUGUCUAAAAAACCGAACUACUAUCAUAACCGGUUCGCGUGUGUUCGAGUGCUAACACCCACUUCUCAGGGAAUUCCCCAUUCCCCAUAUGAUAUUGUGAAAAAGAGACGCGUUUUAUCAACUCAUUUUAUGGAUAUGAGGAUCUGUUGAUUUCUUGAGAAACGUUUAUGUGGUUACCUGCCUUGAGCCGCAGACUCUUCCCAGUUAAAAUUUGCAUAAGUAAACCUGAUAAAAAGCAAACACACAACUCGUAACGCAAGUCGAAUUUAAAACCGAAACCAUGUUUCGUUGAAGCGCUUUUUGCAAGGCGACAAAAAGCCCAUAAACCCCAAAAGACUCUCAUCACAGAGGUUCGACGGUUUUUGUUUACCCCAUCUUUCUAUACGUGGUCAGUGUUUUUUAGUUACUGAUGUACUGAAGUUCCCAACUAAUCUAUAACUAGAAAGUGAGCGAACUAAAACAACAACAGCAACAGGAAAAACUUUGUUGAUCAGCAAACAACUUUAAGUUGCUCACAUCAUUCAUCACCUGAAGUGUCUAAAACCUCCAUCAUGUCUAAGAAGAUCCAGCAUCGAGGUGGAUCCCUGUACUGUGGAGUCACUCUGCUGGGAAUCCUGUGCCUAGUGGUCUUCCGACUGAUUCCUGGAAUCCCUUUCGGCGCUUACGUAAUGGCCGAGAGGGAUCACUAUCACACCAUAGAUGAUCCCAAUGUGCCGUGCAAUUUCUACGACACGGUCAACUUGACGGGUCACAUGAAAUUCGCGAACGGAAGCUACGACUACUAUGGCACUAUAGUGCCCGCCGACAUGAUCGGAACGUACGACUAUAUCCACAGAUCGCUAACGGAGCGAAUUGAGGUGCCGCAGCACGUGCGAGGAUGUGUCUGCAAGCUGAAGUCCUGUUUGAACAUCUGCUGCCCGUGGAAGCAUGUCUUCAGUUCCAAGACAGAUGGAUGCAUCUUGGACCACAUGGACAAUCGCACUUGGCCAGAUCCGCCGAUGCUCAAUGUGACGUUCCGCAACCAAAGUGAGCUAUUGGUCAACAUGUUCCAUCAGUUUGCGAUCCAGAGUUUUCGUCCCUGCCCCAAGAUGUUCUCGCUGCAGCCGGACAUCAACUACUGGGAUAACUAUGCGAUUUUCGAGAACGGCUCCAUGUUGCGAGUUGAUGAUGGUCUGAUUAUCCGGAAGAAUGAGUUCUGCCUGGUGCCGGCCUAUGUCAACGAAUCGGACCUCUUCUACACAAUUCGGCCGGCCAACUGCGAGAUGCAGGACGACCGGGGCACAGUGAAGCUUAUUAAUGCCUAUGCCAUGCUCUUCUCCAUCCCCUUCAUGAUGCUGACCAUAGCAGUUUACCUAUUGAUUCCCGAGCUCCGCAACCAGCAUGGCAAGAGUUUGGUCUGCUAUUUGGUGGGCCUGUCCGUCGGCUACACUGCACUGUGCUACGUUCAACUGUACAAAAUCGAUGCUACGAGCACAGAGUGCGUGGUUCUCGGAUACACGGCGUAUUACUUCUUCAUGGGUGCCUACCUGUGGCUGAGUGUCAUUAGCUUUGACUUGUGGCACAAUUUCCGAGGUACCAGAGGAAUCAACAGGUUCCAGGAGAACAGGCGCUUCCUCUUCUAUUCGCUGUAUGCUUGGGGAAUUGCCGUUGCCUUCUUGGCCUUCACCUAUACCGCUCAGGAAUUAACCCAUUGGCCACCAUAUCUAAAGCCGGGAAUUGGCGAUGGAACAUAUUGCUGGCUGGAUAUGACCAACUGGUCGGCCAUGAUCUAUUUCUACGGUCCCAUUAUGGCGAUCGUGGUGGCGAAUACUAUUAUGUUUAUAAUGACGGCGAUCAAGAUUCACGGUGUGCAGCGGGAGAUGGCCAGGAUAAUUGCCAGUGAGAACAGCACCAAGAAUCUGCGCACCGAGAAGGACAAAUUUGGCCUGUUUCUGCGUCUCUUCCUCAUCAUGGGCAUCACCUGGUUAUCAGAACUCGUCUCGUUCUUCGUGGGCAGCGAUAAGGAGUGGUCGAAGCUCUUCUACAUCUCGGAUCUGGCCAACGCCAUGCAGGGCUUCCUCAUCUUUAUGCUGUUCGUGAUGAAGAAGAAGGUCAAGCACUUGAUCACAAACAGAACGAUACGGGUGCGAAGUCUGCGGCAGACUGAGAGCGUUACGAUGGGCCCGACUUCGUUCUCCAUGCGACAGCGUUUCAUGGACGCCUCCAACCAGAUCCGCAAGCUGGUGGUGAUCCGCAACGCCUUCGCCAAUGGCUCCACAAGCGGCAUUCACUCCCACGAAGUCUGAAUUGAUCCAGUCGAUUGCAAUGCUCGAGUGUUCGCGAUGGCAGUAAUCAACGUCAGAGUCAGUACUCCACGAAGACCACGUCGAGCAGCGUGGCCAAUCUGUCGCUGC